UUAAGUGAAGUACUUUCUCUAGUGGAGAACUCUCUCUAGUGGAGUACUCUCUCUAGUGGAGUACUCUUUCAAGUGUAGAACUCUCUCUUGUGGAGUACUCUGUUCAGUGGAGUACUCUCUCUUGUGGAGUACCUUCUCUAGUGCAGUACUUUCUCUAUUUGUUAACGUAGAUAAGUAUUAAGAUAGAUGGAUAGUAUAGAUAGAUAGACAGAGAGAAAUAUAAAGCUGACACUUACGUACACAGAACUAUUAACAUACAAACAGACAUAUAGCUAGAAAGACAGACAGACAAAUAGACAUGAAAUACAUACUGACUGAUAGACAGAAAGAUAAAUAGAUAAAUAGUGACAGACUAACAUACAGACAUACAUAUUUGAAACACGUAAAAUUAAGUACUGCACAGGUAGAACUUUAAAACCAAAACCAUGACAAGACAUAUUCUUAAACUGUAUUUUCAGUUUCUCUGCUUGCCCUCAUUAUUUCCCAACAUUUCUAUUUAUUUUAGAGGGUUGACAAGUGUAUAAUAACAUGAAGGAAAUGUUAAAAAUAAACUGUCGUCUUUAUUAUAGAAUAAAACAGUUUAAAAAUCAAUUUAUAGUGAUAUGUCUUCUUUCUCUUAUAAUAGUCAGCAGUCUUCUCAAAUCAGAGGAGCCACCUGUUGGUAAUAUUACAGUACACGAUCUACCAAAGUGCUCAAGCACAGACAAGUUGGAUCUUAAUAAAGAUAUGCGAGCUGCAGAGUUAGUUCAAUUCUCGGAGGAUGGGUCGAAAAUUAAAGGACCCUUUAUUUACAGACCUUACCUCAACUGUUUGAACCAGGAGGAUGACCGCCUAACAGACUUGAUCAGAGACGAGUAUAUCAGGCCUCCAAACAACAAGCUUCUAUAUUUGAAUGGUAUGGAGGUGAAUUCUGACACUGCUUAUGAAAUAACGCGAAACGAACAAGUUGUGGAUAUAACAGAACUAGUUUACAAAAACCAAGUUCCUCGAAAUGGUUUCUAUCUGGAGGCAGGUUCACAUGACGGAAUAAAUUCUAUGUCUUUCGAAUUUGAAUUGGUUCAUAAUUGGACUGGUGUUCUGGUGGAGGCUGAUGUUUGGCUCUACACUCAUAGUUUAGAAUUAAAUAGAAAAUCUUAUCAGAUUCACACCUGCCUAGCAGUUGAGAAGACUCCACAUUUUGGAAUGUUUGAUAUGGUUUCUGCUGUUAGAGGAAAGGGAUUGUAUUCUAUGGGAGGAUUGAGCAGUAAUCCUCAUGAGUUCUCAAUGCAGAUGCAGUGUUUUCCACUUUAUAGUAUUAUUAAAGCCUUAGGCAACCCUGUGAUAAAUCUUCUAAUCCUGGAUGUUGAGGGAGCAGAACAGCUGAUUCUAGAAACACUGCCCUGGGACAAGGUAGAUAUAGAAAUAAUGACAGUAGAGACAGAUUUGGUCGGGAAAUCUAUAUCUGGGGGUUCACAGUCUCAGGCUUCAAUCCGAGCCUUGAUAGAGUCUAAAGGAUACAGAAGAUACCCUCACAGGAUGGAGAAAAACGAAAUAACAGGACUUGAGCAAAACGAUUUGUUUAUUCGAGAAGAUAUUGUUAAAAAGUACAAUGUUACCGACUAUCCAAUUUACUCGAAAUCAAAUGAAAACCGACAAAUCGUUUUGAAGAAUCUAGAUAAACUUUAAAUUGUAUUUGUACAUCUAACAUAAUAAAAAUAUCAUUCAUUUUCAAAAAAAAUUUUUAACUUAAGUUAAUUUUUUUAAAGGCAGGAUUGUUUUUGCAAACUUCUUUGUCUUAAAUGUGUCCUGAGGCCGAACUAAAAGAAUUUGAGCCGCGGCUUAAAUU